GUUUGAUCGAUAAUAACGCAUAGAAGAAACCUGCAGAAGGCUUUAUUUUUAUUUUUGGAAAAGUGUUCGAAGAGUUGAGAGUGUAAAAGGGGCAGAAAAGAUGUCAAUACUGUGGGAGAAGAGCGAGACAUGGAGGUGGAUUGUGAGGAAGACUCGAGAUUCCAAGCCCUUCUUUCUCACCUUUGCCACCCUAUGUGGCGUCGUACCUGGAAUCAUUGGCUACGGCGUCAUGCAGAUCACCAAUUCUCGAAACUCCGAUCUCGAGUCCCAACUCCGCCAGACUACCAGACCAGAAUCCCUUAUGAUGGGGAGAGUUAACCGAGAAAGAUUGGGAGAGUAUCUUGGGGAGCUGCAGAGAAAGGAGGACACAAAUGAUCGGUAUGUUGCUGCACUGCGAGGAGAGACAUUAACUAGGAAACCUUAUCAAAGAAUUCAACCAGUUUCGAGACCAAACAGCACUGAACCUGGCAACUGAUUUAUUGAGAUGCCACGAAAGAGGUUCAUUGAGUGUAUUUCAAGGUGAGUGUAUUUUCAGUUGUGCGAUGUGUUUCCGAUGCUGAUAAGAAUGUGCGAAACAAGAUAUGAAGUUGUCUUGAAAACAAAUGUCUACAAAUUGUUAUUUUCAAGUUUUAUAUAAAGCAAGAAAAAUAUAGGGUGACGACAUUGAUUGCGCUAUUAUGUUUAAUAUGUUCAGAAGC